GCUGCUACCUGGACCGAAUUUGUCCCACUCUGCAGGAGGUCGAACGCCGGUUCAAGGCUCACCUGCCACCUUCGAGCCCUGCAGAGCUGGAUUCGGCCCUGGUUCUGCCCAUGUUUGCGCGGAAGGUCCCGGACACGUAUCACAUCCUCCCUGCAGACGGACGAGGGCGACCCAUCAUGAUCUUCUUUUCGGAGGCGCCUUCUGGCUUCAAAGGCUUCCUUGACGUUGACUCCUCGCUGGAAGGUGACGGGGACUUCUCGCAGGAAUCAUGGGAAGAGCUGGAUAAGGUGCUGACCGAUCACUUCCACAUUUCGUGCGACUUUCGCAGUGCUGCCUUCGACGUGCGCAAGAAGGUGCAGCACUUCCAGGACUGGCCUCUGGCCGAGGUGGAACUUCUUCUCCAUGCGGCGGUGGGAGGCAAGAAGCUGCUCGCUUGGGAGGACUGUUUGAGACCCGCCAAGCACGUCAUCUCGCUGAUGUCAGAAAGAGAUGACAAGCAGUUCCGAGGCACCCUGGGACAGAAGAAGACGGACAGCUGGACUCAUCCACACAGGGGGUCCCGCGGCCGCCACAAGGCCACAGAGAGCGAGCCACGCUAUACACAAGACAAGGACCGGGAUGCCAAUUGCAAUCACUGGGUGCUGCAGCUCAACCUGUCUCAGCAGCUCUACGGAUAUCAGGGCGAUGACACAGGAAGAGCAGAUAGCCAUCGAAGCCCGGUUGAAAUUCCGGAGGAGACUGAUGUCAGUGCUACACUGGAUGCUGUUGACAGCACAGAACAGACGGCCUGUCCUGACGGAGUGAAAUAUUUUCAGCUCAAAAAGCUGCUGACAGUCUUCAACAAUGAAGGCUGCCUGCACCCAGGGUCAAAGCCAGGUUUCGUCUUGUCCCGGAUGACUAUUGUGAUGCUGAGUGAUUAUGCGGUCGCUCGCCUGGCAUUUCAGGAAGCUGCAAGCAUGGACGGCCAGGACGAGCAGAUGGUCAAGGCUUCGCCUCCGGUAAAUCUGCUUUUGCUGGGUGAAGAUAACCUGGCACCGGGGAAUCUUGACCGCUUCGAGGGGAGAAAGUUGAUGAUCAUGAGUGAGUGCUAUGCCGAAGCCAUGCAGGUACACGGGACCUUUGAGCUGCCGCCGGAGGUGUCCGUUGUGCUCGCACACUCACGCUGCCACUUCAAGUUGGGCUGUGAGCUUGACCUGAAAGAAGUUUCAUGCAAGCUGCGCAACGCGGAGUACAACCCGCGUAAGGGCACUGGCAGUCUUCAUCUCAGGCUGUUCCGACCGUCUGCCACAGCUCGUAUUUGGUACCACGGCAGUGUCAGCUGCUCGGUCAAGGGCGAUCUAGAUGAUACUCGCCGAGCCGCACGGCGAAUCACUCGCAUGAUCCAGAGAUGUGGCUACGAUGCCCGCUGCGAGAAGUUUCGCCUGACGUGUCAGCACGUGAAUGCAGACUUGUGCUUUCCUGUUCGAUUAGAAGCCUUAGCCAAGAAGUGGCAUCGCCAUGUCUUAUAUGAACCAGAGGUUCAUGCCCGAGCCUGCUUCUAUUUGCAGCAUCCUCGCUGUUGUGUCUCUAUCACUUCCAGUGGCAAAGCCAAUGUCUUCGAUGCCCCAAACUUGGAGGAUGGCCAGGAAGCCAUCAGAAGAGUAUACUCCAUUUUCAGGGAGUUCUCAUGUUGA